UUACUUACUACUUCCAAUAACUGUAACUCAUUACAAAAAUAUAGUAAUUCCUAGGAUGGUUUUCUUGAGUGAAGGUACCAUUAUAUACGACAGAAAAGUAGAUUCCAUUAUAAAAAACAGAAAAGCAACAUGUUCCGUAGCACGUAGUGUGAUACAAGAAAUGUUUAGUGAUUGGUUAGUUCCGUUUAGACAGUCUGAUCUUUGGUUUAUUGAAGGAUUUUCAACAGUAUACGGAGUUUAUAUUCGCGAUCAGUAUUACAAUACAACUUUACUAAAGUCAAUUGUGGUCCAAACACGACGGAUAUUUCUUGAUUAUAUAGAAGCAAUUACAUAUGAAUCUCCAUUUUCACAAAAUUCACUCAUAUCACACAAUUCAACUCUUACUAAUCUGUGGCGAGAAAAAGCAUUCAGUACUUUAUAUAUGCUGAAUACCGUCUUUCAACAAGAUUUUCUAUAUACUUCUAUAUUUCAAGAAGCCGUACACUUAUAUUAUUACAG